CGCUGCGCGAUUGCUGCUGCGCGUGCGCAGACUGUCGCGUACAGGAGUCUUCAUCUUUGCCUAUUCCACGGCGGCUUUCCUUGGGUUUGAGUCUCGCGCUUUCUUCUAUUGCUCACCCGCGAGCUCGUGCCCCUCUCGCGCCCCGGGCCACCGUGCCCGGGGAAGAAACCGGAAAGGGCUGUUGGUUUCGGCCUUUAAAUUGUGCGUGGGGCGGCCAUGUCUGCCGGCGAGGUCGAGCGCCUAGUGUCGGAGCUGAGCGGCGGGACCGGAGGGGAUGAGGAGGAAGAGUGGCUUUAUGGCGAUGAAAAUGAAGUUGAAAGGCCAGAAGAAGAAAACGCCAGUGCUAAUCCUCCUUCUGGAAUUGAAGAUGAAACUGCUGAAAAUGGUGUACCCAAACCGAAAGUGACUGAGACUGAAGAUGACAGUGACAGUGACAGUGAUGAUGAUGAAGAUGACGUCCAUGUCACUAUUGGAGACAUCAAAACAGGAGCACCACAGUAUGGGAGUUAUGGAACAGCACCUGUAAAUCUUAACAUCAAGACAGGGGGAAGAGUUUAUGGAACUACAGGAACAAAAGUCAAAGGUGUAGACCUUGAUGCACCUGGAAGCAUUAAUGGAGUUCCACUCUUGGAGGUAGAUUUGGAUUCUUUUGAAGAUAAGCCAUGGCGUAAACCUGGUGCCGAUCUUUCUGAUUAUUUUAAUUAUGGGUUUAAUGAAGAUACCUGGAAAGCUUACUGUGAAAAACAAAAGAGGAUACGAAUGGGACUUGAAGUUAUACCAGUUACUUCUACUACAAAUAAAAUUACGGCCGAAGACUGUACUAUGGAAGUUACACCAGGUGCAGAGAUGCAAGAUGGCAGAUUCAAUCUUUUUAAGGUACAACAGGGGAGAACUGGAAAUUCCGAGAAAGAAGCAGCACUUCCUUCCACCAAAGCUGAGUUUACUUCUCCGCCUUCUUUGUUCAAGACUGGACUUCCACCAAGCAGAAACAGCACCUCUUCUCAGUCUCAGACAAGUACUGCCUCCAGAAAAGCCAAUUCAAGCGUUGGGAAGUGGCAGGAUCGAUAUGGGAGGGCCGAAUCACCUGAUCUAAGGAGAUUACCUGGAGCAAUUGAUGUUAUUGGACAAACUAUAACUAUUAGCCGAGUAGAAGGAAGACGACGGGCAAAUGAAAACAGCAACAUUCAGGUUCUUUCUGAAAGAUCUGCUACUGAAGUAGACAACAAUUUUAGCAAACCACCUCCAUUUUUCCCUCCAGGAGCUCCUCCCACCCACCUUCCACCUCCUCCAUUUCUUCCACCUCCUCCAACUGUCAGUACUGCUCCACCCCUGAUUCCGCCACCAGGUAUCCCAAUAACUGUACCACCUCCAGGUUUUCCUCCUCCACCAGGUGCUCCUCCGCCAUCUCUUAUACCAACAAUAGAAAGUGGACAUUCCUCUGGUUAUGAUAGUCGUUCUGCACGUGCAUUUCCAUAUGGCAAUGUUGCCUUCCCCCAUCUCACUGGUUCUGCUCCUUCAUGGCCAAGUCUUGUGGACACCACCAAGCAGUGGGACUACUAUGCAAGAAGAGAGAAAGACCGAGAUAGAGAUAGAGACCGAGACAGAGAGCGAGAUCGGGAUCGGGACAGAGAAAGAGAACGCACCAGAGAGAGAGAGAGGGAGCGUGAUCACAGUCCUACACCAAGUGUUUUCAACAGUGAUGAAGAGCGUUACAGGUACAGGGAGUAUGCAGAAAGAGGCUAUGAGCGCCACAGAGCAAGUCGAGAGAAGGAAGAACGACAUAGAGAAAGACGGCACAGGGAGAAAGAAGAAACCAGACACAAGUCAUCUCGCAGUAAUAGUAGACGUCGCCAUGAAAGUGAAGAAGGAGACAGUCACAGGAGACACAAGCACAAAAAAUCUAAAAGAAGCAAAGAAGGAAAAGAAGCUGGCAGUGAGCCUGCGCCUGAACAGGAAAAUACAGAAGCUACACCUGCGGAAUAGGCAGAGUUUUUGCCUUCUGUGUAUAUUAGUACCAGACUAAGAUACUAUAAAUCUCAUUAUUUUUCUGGAUAAUGUUUAAGAAAUUUACUUUCAAUUUUGUUCUAUUAGUAUGAAAAGUUAACUUUUUUUCCAAAAUAAAAGUGAAUUUUUCACGUUAAGUUAAAAAUCUUCCUUUUUUAAUAUUUAAAAAAAUAAAAAAGAUGGCAUUGAUUUUAUUUCAAAGAAAGUUAUGUGAAUGGGUCACUUAGUAGGGGUUUAAAAGAGCCAUGUUUACUUUUUGUGUACAUACAUCUGAUGAAGGUCAAGGGCCGCUUGGCCAGGUGUUUUUUGUUAAAUACCAGUCUCAUAAUUUACACUGCAAAAGGGAUCACAAGCACCCUCUCUGAGCUAUGAAAUUAAAACUAGUCUUUCUUAUUACUGCUAUGGAUGUCUUAAUGUAGUAAAGAACUGUACACAUUUUUGAUACUACAGUAUUUGAUAGCUGAUUUUCAGUAUUCUAAAUUUGAGUACAUGGUAAAAUUGAGUGGGGCACUUUUGGUAAGACUCGGAGGCAUUUGGGUGGCCUCUGAAGUGCCCUAUAGUUGCAGGCAGACAUCACUGUGACAUGUACUGCCUUACGGUCAUGUAGCUGAGCCACAGUCAAGCUCAUUUGACCUUUUUUGAUGUGUUUUCCAAGGCUCACUGAUAGAGUAGCAUGUAGAGUUUUAUAUAGUUACGGACUAUAUUGUGAAUGAAAAUAAACUUCAUGAUGAGCUUUGGACUAGUCAUUUUAUUAAAACUAAGAAAAUACAGUUAGAACUAUUUUUAGGAUAUAUGUCAGUGAUGGGAACAGAUAACUUUGUGUUUGAAAGAAUGACUAGUGUCUUUUAAUUAGAGAUGAGAACUAAAUAGUUAGAAUCAUACACAAAAAAGACAAACAGGGCCAGUGAUGUAGCUCAGUGGCACAAGCACCUGUGUGGCAAGCGCAAGG